CCCCUCUUCAAAAUUAUGUAACUUAUUAUGCGUCUUGUUGAACUGCGAAUAUCGCCUUAAGUAUUUACUGAUGAUGUCUUCAUAGUCAAGAAAAUUGUACCAUUUGAAAUUGAUAUAAACUGCAUUUGUUUGAUCUUCGUUGAGGAACAAGUUCAGAUAACACGCUUGUUGCUAUGACUACAUGAUGUUUUCGUAUAGCAACCAGUGAUAGUAACAGGUUUUUAAAAUGGCCGCGCGGAGAAAUUUAUUUAAUUAGAACAUUUCCAAUUUAGUAAUGUGACAAAUACCAUGCAAGAAGUAUAUAAUUUAUCAAGUAGUGACCGGGUAAAAAGACUGGAAAAUGAUCUUGCAAAAGAUCUUCAAGAAUUACAAAUUGCGAUCGAAGAAAAUGAUUUUCUAAGCAACUCAACUGUUGCAAGCAAAACUUUCAGCUCUCUACCUUUACCAAAAGAUGUGGGACAUUUUCAACGAGAAAGAAAGAUUGCAUUAACAAAGGCCUUACAGGUGCGUGAGGCCAGAGGCCUUAAAUGUCAGGCAGAUCUAAUGAAUCAAGAAUUGAUGAUAUCACAGCAACUGGAAUACACCAAUAAAAGUCUUCCUCUCAUAUUACACCAGUUUUUUGUGGAAAAGGUGUCAGAAUUGGUGCAAUGUAAACACAUGUACAUGUUACGAUGGGCAAGAUUUUGUGAACAUAGCAAGACUAUUGAGGAACUUUAUCCAGUGUACCAGGAUAGGCUAUGUUCAAUCAUGAAUGAAUACCAAGAUAGCUUAGAGCGAGCUCGUAGACUAUCUAUUGCUCGGGAAGCAGUCCUUGCUGGCAAUGAAACGGCAAUGAAUGUCGUCACGUUGAAUGACUUGCUGAUCUACACAAGAUCUUUUGUUUGUCAACGACAUGCAGUAAAGAGAAUCCACACUUUUCUAAAGUUGAUAGAAUGGCUGCCUUACUCUCAUGCUAAUGCAGUUAGGCUGGAAAAGACAGAUAUAUUGACAGAUGGCCAUAAAAAACCUAAAGAGAUCAAUUUGAAAGCAAAGAAAAGGUUUUCAAAAGUGAUGAACCAAGUCUCUGUUGUGAUGCAGCUAAACCUACUCAAACAAACAAGCGAUGGCUCUCCUUCCCCUUCACCUUUAAGUCUGUCAUCCUUCCAGUUGGUUGCCCCCAAGAGUUCUUCAAUUGCCGUUGGAUUAGCUGCAUCUGGUGGGGGACUGGGCACGGAUGAACUUAACGUAGAAAUGCCGUUUCAUGAGACGUCACUGAACAAAUUAAAACCAACGUUGAACUUCCUUCUCGGUUGCUACGCUAUUGAUAUGGACGUUCAUCAAAUAAAUACCUUUGCCGAUGAAAUGGAGCUCUUUACGUUAGUCUUACAGAAAUUCAACAAGAUAUUUUCAAAGCAAGAACAACUUCGAACUUUUCACGUAUAUGAUGCCUUUGUUGAGGAUUUCAAAAACAUGAAAGGUGAAGGUAGCUCCUUUACGUACAAGAAAGAAUGCAACUGGGUUAACUUUCUUUACAUCAAGCCCGAACUAAACGGUGAUCAAGUACGUUGCAUGACGGAACUUCGACAAGGAAAUAACAUUGAUGAGUUGUUGAAGAUUUAUUCCAGUUUUUUGCGAGUCAAGCAUCCUCAGCGUGUUGUUGAAAUUUUGCGUGAGCACGCGAGGAAGGUGGUGGAGCCAACAGAACUGCCAGGCAUAUCCGUGACAACGCACAAAACAAAAGGAGAUACCUUAGCAGUUUGGAAGAAAAUUUUUGAACAAACGUUUACACAGAGUAUGACGUCACGUGAGGUUAUUCUGGAUUUUGAUACCAAACUUGGUGAGGAUAUGCGGUUGAAAACAGACCCUGACUUAUCCCUUGGGACAGCUGCAGAUAUGUUAGGACUUGAGGACAGGGAUUCUUUGUCUUGCCGGGACACAGGAGCAUAUAUGUCUUACUUGCUUUUGAGGCAUUUAAGAAUACGAGACCUACAGCGGACUUGUCUAGCAUUUCUCAAUUAUUUUCGAUCCAUUGAGAGGACGCUGACUAUUAAUGAUAGUGGGCUAUCGUUGGAGAACGAGCGACAACAUGCGACUGGUCGUGAAGUAUUUCAUGGUGGAGGAUUACAGGGUCUUUCAUCACAUCAAUAUCUUCAUCACACUCCAGCUGACUUUGUUGUUGAUUCUACUGAUUUUAUGAAAUAUUCUGAGGUUGAAAACCACGAUGAUUUUUAUAAAAUUGACGAAGGUCGUGUUCACGUUCAAGAUCAAAGAGGUGUAUACAUUAUGUAUGAAGAAUCUUUAAAGGAUUUUAGAAAUCUCGAGAAAGAUUUACUUCUUGUUGCGUCGCGAUUCAUUGAAAAUACAAACGAUCUUCAAAAUGCCCGGAUGUGUCACGUUGACAUUGAAGAGUAUGGUCAUGCCUAUAUCGACCGUUUUGGUAUUAUUCUUGAUAUUUGGUCAAACGAAGCCUCUUAUCUUGAAAAUAAAAGACAACUGUUAGAUACCUAUUAUGAAGCUUAUCAGCACACCUAUGAUCGUGAACAAAAACGACAACUUUCUCAGGUGAUUGUAAAUAUUCUUCAUCAAAGACCAAGGUUCGAUUUACGCGAAUCAUAUUUCGUGAAGUUGUAUCGAGCUGAAAGUGUUUGUCUACGGCUGCAAUGUGAUAUCAUCAAGAAUGUGUUGGAUGACCAGAUAUCUGAGCAACGUGAAUACGUACAAAAGGUGACCAGAGAUGGUAACCAUGAAUUUGGUCUACCACAUCGUAUCAUUCCAAAGCAGAAGAUUGCAGUUAAUCUGAGCAGGCCUUGUUUGAAAUACGUGUACAUGUUAGAGUAUCAUCCUUCUCUUGGACUUGCUUCUCUUUUACCACAAGCCAUCCAGCAUACUUUAAAGGUAUUUGUCAAUGUGAAUAAGCCUUCAGGUUCCAUGGAAUUAAUCAAGAUUGAAAGGUGUCUCCUGGAGAUCGUUCAAAAGGAAUGGGACCAAACAAAGAUUGUUGGGAGUACCUACUCUCAACAAGUGCAAAAAGAUUUUUUCUCUGAUGUAUUCAUUGAAGAUCCAAUAUUUGUCUGCGAGGUUGGUCAGUCUAAGCUCAACGCUUUCGAUACAAACUCUACUGGACGUAAAUCAGUAAAGGAAAGACAACAGGCUCUCGUCAAGGCUUGGUGUGAUUUACUAGAGGUGUUGAGUCUUCGCCAUCGAUUUGUUACUUCGGCCUACGAAAGUGAAGUUCUAAUGAAGAUUUACAAAAAUCGAUGCAAAGAUUUUGCUUGGGAAGAUCAUCACAGCUAUCUUCGGGCCGUUUCUUUUGAUUUUGCGCAACUCAAACCGGAGGCCGAACUUCAUCGUAUCUCAAUCGACUCAUUACUUCAGGAUGACGGGAGGAUUGACAGGUACACGCCUGGUUCACUUCCCCUUGCUAUUCAAGAAAUUGAUGAAAAACAUAUUGGAUCUAUGAACUUCAGAACGCGAGAAGGUGUUUUGCAGAUUAUCGGUCGCCAAGGGAUUGAAAGGAUGAAAGUGAUGUUGUCCAGUCAGGUUGUUCACAAAAAUCUUUUAGCGUCGGCUGUGAUACUUGGUAUUGAAUGCGAAAAUGCUAUAUAUAGAGAAAGACGUUUGGGAACAACUAUGAACAAAAGUGUCCAGUCAAAAUCCCCAGCAAUGAUGUCAGCGGAUUUUCGUGAUCUGAGCAGUCAAGAGACAUCUGGCACAACCACUCCCACGCAAAUGACAUUCACUAGUCACGUGAGACGGGAGCACAGUCGUGUUCCUAAAUUAGCAUUCGUCUCAUUGCAACUAGAGAAGGUGUGGCUUCGUGACGUCAUGCUUAAUGAUUACGUCAGAAAGAAGAACACCAUGAGUAUUACAUCAAAAAACGUGGAGGAAACGAUGAAAGUAAAAAGAAAUCUUAUCCACAGCUUUUGUCAAUCUCUUCAAAAAACGGUGUCUGAGUAUUCAAUGAGAGCUCAGAUCAUCUCUUACUAUGGCAGUCUUCUUGAUCUCUUAGCGGAGUUUCCUUCCACGAGAGAUUCGCAUUUUAUGCUUGGAAUGGAGUUUGCGGGGAAAGUUGAAGAAACAGAAGUGUCAUUUGACGACAACAUUUCCCGUCUCACUCCUCGAAGUCCAAACUUGUUGUCAAUCGACGGUUUGGAGCUAAUUAAUCUUUGGUAUAUUCCGCAUUUUUCUGAGAUUCUUGCGAUGUUUGCAAAAUUAUCUCCGUUAAAGAGGAUUGAACGUCUUAAGACAAUUCUUCAAAUUGUCUCCUCGCUGCACGACAUUUGUCAUUACCUCUGUGCGCAUGCUCGUUUGGGCAGUUCUCACGCUCGCCUUGGGUCACAAAAACUACAAUUCUCUGGUGUUACUGCAGACUGGGGAGGAACAGAGGGUAUAGGAGCUGAACUUCGGGAAAUCCAAAAACACAUAAAUCAUCUUACGGAACCAUGUGACCCUACAAAGGUCGCUGAAUUUUUACAAUAUCGUCGUGACGUCAUGUACCUGGAGUUUGACAUAUCCGUCAGUUGUUGCGUCCCAGGUACUUUUCUACAGACUGGAAACGGAGCUUCUUGUGCGUCUGUUAUUAACAAUAUGGAGUAUCCGCUACAGAAUCUAAGCAAUAUCCCCAGGUAUUUAUAUUCUAUACAAUACUUGGUUACCAGUCCCGAGCCAUUUCAGUCACUUCACGUUAUGUCUUCGGACUGUCCCUGGCGAUCGUUCUUGGCUCGGAAUGGACCAUUUCCACUCCAGUAUUCACCGUGGUUUGAUAUUGGCAAGAACAUGCAGCAUUGUUUAGCAGGACUAAGGGAUGUGGAUAGACACGUGGUUAACGGUGAGAUCCUCGGGGUGUCUUUACAACUUGAAGAUAUUUUACAGAAUGGUGCAUCUCAUGAGCUUCUUUCCCAUCCUUACGUAUCUGGAGUUCACCCGCUAGAUAUCCAAGCAGGACCUCUCUCAUUCACAAAGGAUCCUCUAUCAUCUAUCAAGUUGCUUCAACGGUUUUUAAUAUGUUGGUCAAGAGUAGAACUGUUGAAGAAAGAAUGGUGUUGUAGAAAAUUAAAAGUCAAUUCUUUAAUGUCAGCCGAGACUUACCACGCUUCUGGGAAAGUUUUCAGAGUCGACGUUCUUGAGCCAGUAUACCAACAAAUAUCUUUAAAGAAAGGCAUAACGUCAAAUUAUGCAGCAACAGUAAGCGAUGACGAUCCUAUUUUCACUCCCCCCGGAACUAAUGAUGUGGAGUUAAAAGUGAAAGUGCUCAAUCGCCUACUGGAAAAUUUUGAAUGCAUCAUGAUUGCUGACGUUAUGAAGAAGAUAGCACGUGAACAUACUUUGGUUCUCGCAGAAAGAUCACGUGAAGAUACCACUUUGCCCACCGAUUUGUGGAAAAAACCCAUUAUGAAAGAAUCAACGACAAUCGAGAAACCUCAACUUGUAGAGAAUUUCGUCCAAAAUUUGAUGUUUGAUGGAUUUGAAAAUAAUGAUACGAUAUGUUUUGAUAAAACUCAUUUCCAACAUUGCUUGGUAAAAUUAGCCUCGGAGGCAAUGGCCAGGAGCAGUUGCUUCACUGGCUACGCCAUGUUUUAUGAAAAUCUCCUUCGCCAUCAACAUCAAUUAUUAUACUCGAGAGAACAGGAAAUCAAGCAAUUGCGGGACGCUCAAAUGGAGUUUGCUUCACGAUCUCGAGUGAACAUUGAUUGUCAACUCGCUGAAAAAACGCACGAACUUUUGUUAGAAAUCACAGCAUUGAGAGCUAAAAUAGCUGAACUUUAUGAUGAAAUUAAUGUCAAGGAAAGUGAAGUUAACGAUCGUCUUAAAAAAAACUACAACACUUUAGUGCGAGAUUUGUUCGCUCGAUGUUUCUCGAUGAAAAACAAAUUUGAAGAGUUCAGACUCUCUUUACAUGAUGACGUACUUGACAGCCUUGGUGACGUCAGGCGGCAAGCUAUGGAGAACAUGCGCAAGAUCAGGGAGAGGUCUGGAACGUUCAAAGAAGAUGCGGACAAUUUAUCAAAGUUUCGCAUGGAAAAUGUGGAAAGAAUAAGACGAUAUCAAGAAGAAAAUAAAAAUUUAGGAGCUUUGUUUUACAAGAUAAAGAUAAUGAAUUUUUGGAAAAAUACCCGUAUGAGUUCGCAUUAUUUUCAAACUGUUUCAACACUUCGCGAUGAAGCGGACAGAGCCAAGAAAGAAUGUUUGGAUACGAAGAGACUUUCAGAAGAAAGAGAAAUAUUACUAAAGCAAGAACAGAUUGCUUUACGAGAGGCUUUAGAGACGAUUGAAAAGGAGUCUGAAAUCUUAAGGAAGAAACUUUCUCAUCAGGAGAAGACAAAAUUUCAAAAAACUCACGCUCGCAUCCAGGAAAAAAGAAGUUUGAAAAGUAUGGAAUUGGCUAGGUCGACGAAUAUCGACAAACUGAUCUCAGAUUUGGACGAAAGAGAGAGUCAACUUCGAGAAAUGACAUCUAACCUCCUACGUGAUCAGAAAAAAAAUAUGCUGGCAAAAGAACACUCAAAGAAGAAACAGAAGCAAUUGUUGCAUCAACUUGAGCUUGAACGGAAUCUGAAAUUAGGAGCAUUUGAAAGAGUUGACGAACUCCAGCGGCAGGUUUAUGAACAAGUGUAUGAACUACCAACGACCAUUCGUCCUCAGACCACGCCACGAACUAACCUCAAACAUUCGGCCUCAGACGACCCCAUCGUCUUUACUUCCACCAACGUCCAGCAACAACCACAGACGCAGAGCUUACUCAAGCAAAGUGUACUCGCAGCAUUCGAAGAAUAUCAAUGUACUCCCACCCAACCCCUGACUAUACACUUCCAUAGCUUUAUAUUCAUUAAUCAUUAUACUUGUAUACAUUUAAAUAGAUGAAUUCGUUUUUCUCUAUAUACACUCAUUUGCAUGAAAGGUGAACUUCUUGGGGAUCUAAACUCAUCCAAACCAUAGAAUUCAACAAUAAAAAUUAACAAAUGCUCUUUAUACGGAAUGAGCAGUCAACAGUUGUUCCAACAACUAGGUAAAAUUCUCUGGGGGUGGGCAAUCCUCUUAUAUCAAGUCCUACUCUAUGUUGAAUUUUUCUAUGUUCAUUUACUGUGUAAACAAAAGAUUUCUAAACAAUGAAUAAUCAUAAGAUUAUGAAAUUUA